AUGCACUAUCACCAGUCCUUUUUAAUUUGGCGCUUGAAAGGUGGUCAGGUCAAUGCCAAUGAGUCAAGGCAUGGAGAUUCUGUUCAAAAAUACGCUCCUUGCCUAUGCAGACGACAUAGUUAUUAUAGGAAAUACCCGACAAGAACAAAUGAUUUAAUUAAAGCAGCAAAGCCAAUGGGCCUGGAAGUAAACCAGGGAAAAACAAAAUAUUUAGUCAUGACGAGAGGAACAAGGGACAACUCUCACCUAGUAGUUGAAAACUAUACUUUUCAACAAGUGAGUGAUUUUAAAUAUCUUGGGGUAAACAUAAGCCAACAAAAUAAUAUGCACAACGAAAUUAAAAUAAGGAUAUCUGCCGCUAACAAGGGUUACUAUGCUUUAGAAAAAUUAUUCAAAUCAAAACUUCUUUCUAGACGAUCAAAGGAACGACUAUACUCAAGCUUCCUACGGCCAGUGUUAACAUAUGCGUGUGAAACAUGGUCAACAACUAAAGGAGAUGAGGAAAAAAUGGCUUGUUUUGAAAGAAAAGUACUCAUAAGGAUAUAUGGUCCUAUUUUAGAAAAUGAAGUGUGCAGAAGAAGAACUAAUAGAGAAAUACAAAAAAUUUAUCGAAAACCUGGUAUUAACGCUUUCCUCAUGAGCAAACGAAUUAAGUGGGCAGGGCAUGUAUGGAGGUCAAAUGGAAUUUUAAAGAAAGCACUAGAGGGAAAAAUAAAUGGGAAAAGACCUAGGGGCCGCCCAAGACAGCGCUGGAUAGACAGGGUCAAUGAUGACCUUAACAAAUACAACCAGGAAGUGACGAUAGCAGACAGCGUUGAUAGAGAUAGGUGGAGGAAUGUAGUAGAGGCAGCGAAAGUCCUUCAAGGACUGUAA